CCUAGAUUGGACAUUUGCUACAUAUAAAUGCGCACUACUGAUUACGUAUAAAAGAAUUCGCAAAUCAUCAGGCUGCCGUUUCUACAAAAUCCUUUCUCCUGUAACGAGAGAAAGGGGAGCCAUGGCUGGUGCGGCAUAUGGUCAGCUUAAUCUCGAAGAAUCGCCAUCAUGGGGUUCUCGAAGCGUAGAGUGUUUCGAAAAGCUUGAACAAAUUGGUGAAGGAACAUACGGUCAAGUAUACAUGGCCAGAGAAAUAAAAACUGGUGAAAUUGUUGCAUUGAAGAAGAUACGUAUGGACAAUGAAAAAGAAGGGUUCCCCAUCACUGCAAUUCGUGAAAUUAAAAUUUUAAAAAAGCUACAGCAUGAAAAUGUCAUCAAGCUAAAAGAGAUUGUGACUUCAUCAGGUCCAGAGGUGGAUGAACAUGGGAAAUCAGGUGGACACAAGUACAAGGGUAGUAUAUACAUGGUUUUUGAAUACAUGGAUCAUGAUUUAACAGGACUUUCUGAUCGCCCUGGACUUAGAUUCACAAUCCCCCAGAUCAAGUGUUAUAUGAGACAACUGCUCACAGGUCUUCACUAUUGUCAUGUGAAUCAAGUACUUCAUAGAGAUAUAAAAGGUUCUAAUCUUCUGAUUGAUAAUGAGGGGAACUUAAAGCUUGCUGAUUUUGGGUUAGCUCGUUCAUACUCUACAGAUCAUAAAGGAAAUCUCACAAACCGUGUUAUUACUUUGUGGUAUAGACCUCCUGAAUUGCUACUUGGAGCUACAAGAUAUGGUCCAUCAGUUGAUAUGUGGUCAGUUGGUUGUAUCUUUGCUGAACUUCUGCAUGGAAAACCAAUCUUAACUGGCAAAAACGAGCCUGAACAAUUGAACAAGAUAUAUGAACUUUGUGGGUCCCCUGAUGAGAUAAACUGGCCCGGAGUUUCAAGAACCCCUUGGUACAGCAAGUUUAAACCAAGCAGGCAGAUGAAGAGGCGAGUCAGGGAUGUUUUCAGACACUUUGACCGUAAUGCCCUUGAGUUACUAGAGAAGAUGUUGACUCUCGAUCCUUCACAAAGGAUUUCCGCAAAAGAUGCAUUGGAUGCUGAAUAUUUCUGGACUGAUCCCUUGCCUUGUGACCCAAAAAGUCUGCCAAAGUAUGAAUCCUCGCAUGAAUUCCAAACAAAAAAGAAAAGACAACAACAGAGACAAAACGAAGAAAUGGCAAAAAGACAGAAAGUCCAACACCCACAGCAGCACGCGCGAUUGCCACCUGUCCAACAAUCCGGUCAACCCCAACCACAGCACUGGGCGGGCGGGCAUAACAACCACCCGAUGGGAAACAACCCGGGUCAACCUCCAUUGACCGCAGGUGGACCUAGCCACCAUCAAUAUGGAAAGCCUCGCGCAGCUGGGCCCAACCGCUACCCGCCAGGUGGAAACCCUAACCCGACCGUGGGUGGUGGCGGGUAUUAUCCGGAUCGGUCAGCGGGUCAAGGUGGUGUUGGGUUUAGUGGUGGGCCGUAUCCUCCGCAGCCUCGUGCGCCGGGUGUCAGUGGGCCCAGGGGUUCUUCGGGUGGUUAUGCGCCACCGAAUUAUACGCAGAAUGUUCCGUAUGGUGGUGGGUCUGGGGCGGGUGGUGGUGGUGGUGGUGGUGGUGGGGGUAGAGGUCCUAAUGUAGGGGGUAACCGCAACCAGCCGUACAACUGGCAGCAGCAAUAG